GUGACGCCGGCAGCUGACGUUGGCGAGUAGGCCUCAGGCCUCGGGGCGGGAGUGGACGCGGCGGCCGGAGGUCGGAUCGAGGGUGUAGAGGAGCGGGGCCAUGGGCGACAGCGACGACGAAUACGAUCGGCGACGCAGGGACAAGUUCCGGCGUGAGAGGAGCGACUACGACCGGUCGCGGGAGCGGGACGACAGGCGGAGGGACGACUGGAACGACAGAGAGUGGGACAGGGGGAGAGAGCGCCGGAGCCGGGAGUACCGUGAUUACGACCGUGGGAGGAGGGAGCGUUUCUCUCCACCGCGACACGACCUCAGCCCACCGCAGAAGCGAGUGCGACGGGACUGGGAGGACCAUGUUGCUGACCCCUAUCACACCGGCUAUGAGAUGCCGUACGCCGGUGGGGGUGGGCCCAGCUACGGACCCCCGCAACCCUGGGGUCACCCGGACAUCCACAUGAUGCAGCAGCACCACGGCAUUCCCAUCCAGGCCAGUCUCCUCCUCACCCCCAGGCUGGGCAACCUACACGAGCUGGAGGUGGGGCCCCCGGCCCCUGUCAUGAAGACCUUCAAGGAGUUCCUGCUGUCCCUGGAUGACUCUGUGGACGAGACGGAAUCGGUGAAGCGUUACAACGACUACAAGAUCGAGUUCCGCCGGCAGCAGAUGCAGGAUUUCUUCCUGGCACACAAGGAUGAAGAAUGGUUCCGCUCUAAGUACCACCCGGACGAGGCUGGCAAACGCAAGCAGGAGGCUGACUUUGGCCUUCGCACACGGCUCAGCGUUUACUGUUACCUGAUGGAGCACGGCUGGUUCGACGGCCUCUCGCUAGACAUUGAAAAGGCCAACAUCAUCAUGAAGGCCUUGGAUGCAGCCGUCAUCAAGAUGGAGGGCGGAACGCAAGUUGACGUCAAAAUUCUCGAUCUUGAGGAAGAAGAGGAGAAGGCGGACAAGACGGAGCCGGCAAAGAAGGAAGAGGGGAAGGUGGUGGAGAACGACAAGAAGGUGGUGGAGAGAGAGAAGGAAGAAGAUGGCAAGAAGGCAGAAGGUGUGGAGCAGUCAGUGGAGGUGAAGCCGCCGCAGGAUAAAGAUGAGAGUAAAGCCAAGGAGACGCCGGUUGAGGACAAGGGCGAGGGUGAGGGCGAGGGUGAGGGUGAGGACGGGGAGGAGAAGGAUGAAGCGAACCCUGCGAACCAGCCAAGAGGAGCCCCGUGCCGCCAAAGGUAGGUCGAAAAAAAUGCGGAGAAAACUC